AUGUCUCAGGGUGGGGCAGGGAAGAGCCUCCCCCCCUCCAACCUCCGUGGCUUUUUUGGACCCUCCCCCUCCGCACCCCAUAAAUUCCCUCGGGGCCGAUUCUCGGAGGGAGGGGGCUCAGGAUGGCGAGGCUGGGACGCUCCUGCUCCUUCCUCCUCCUCCUCCUCCUCCUCCUCCUCCUCCUCCUGCCCGGGCCCUGCCGCGCCCCCCCCCGCGCCCCCCCCGGCCGCCCCCCCGUGCGGGCUGCGCAGUGUCUCGGUUGGGGUGGGGGCUCUGGGGCUGGGUUACCCCUCCCCCGAGACCGUGGUGUUCCGUUACUGCGGGGGGGGCUGCCCCGCGCCCCCCACCCUGCACGGGCUGGCGCUGGGGGCCGUGCUGGGCCCGGGGGGGCCCGGGGGGGGCCCCUGCUGCCGCCCCACCCGCUACGAGGACGUGGCGUUCCUGGACUCGGGGCUGCGCUGGCAGCGGCUGCCGCGGCUCUCGGCGGGGGCCUGCGCCUGCCUGGGGUGAGACCCCCGACCCAAAUCACCCCCGACCCCCCCGAGGCUGCCAGAAGUGACUCCGAAACAGCUCCCCCAAAACUCCCCCCCCGAAACUC